AGAGAGAGAGAGAGAGAGAGAGGAUGAUGUUGAAGCUGCCAUGGUCGUCCACAACCUUAUCGUCGUCAUGCAAUAUUGCUGCGAGUUCAGACAUCAGUAAUCCAAAAGCGCUAAUAAAGAAACAGUGCCGAUUAUUCGGUGCUGCUGCUUCUUCUUCUUCUUUGAGGCUCACGAUCUCAACGGGCCGACAAAACGACGCGGUGUCAUGCGAGGCGGCUGAAUAUUCUUCAGGUUCUUCCGAGAAGAGCGUGGCUGACCGGCUGUGGCCUGGGAGCUUGACGGAGGACGGACUUUCAUAUAAGGAGAAGUUCAUCGUGAGGUGUUAUGAGGUUGGGAUUAACAAAACUGCCACUGUUGACUCCAUUGCUAAUCUCUUGCAGGAGGUUACAUGCAACCACGUUCAGAGUUGUGGAUAUUCAACGGAUGGAUUUGGAACGACUACUGCCAUGAGAAAAUUGCAUCUCAUAUGGGUGGCUACUCGCAUGCACAUUGAAAUUUAUAAAUACCCAGCUCGGAGUGAUGUGGUUGAAAUUGAAUCCUGGUUCGAAAGCAAAGGUGGGAUUGGGAUUAGACGUGAUUGGAUUCUCAAGGACCAUGCUACUCAUGAAGUCCUUGGGAGGGCUACGAGCAAGUUUGUGAUGAUUAACCAAGAUACUAGAAAACUUGCAAAAGUCAGUGACGAUGUCCAAAAGGAAUAUUUGGGUUUCUCUCCAAGAGAACCAAGGUUAGCAUUCCCGGAAGAGAAAAAUGGCAGUCUGAAGAAGAUAGCAAAACUGGAAGAUGCCGCUCAGUAUUCUCGGCAAGGAUUGGUGCCUAGAAGAGCUGCUGAUCUGGACAUGAACCAGCAUGUAAACAAUGUUGCAUAUAUCAGAUGGGUUUUGGAGAGCAUGCCUCAAGAAAUCAUCGACACUCAUGAACUGGAAACUAUCACUAUAGAUUACAAAAAGGAAUGCAAAGAAGAUGAUGAAGUUGAUUCUCACACGAGUCCAGAACCAUACGACGGAACGGCUGCAAAAGGCAAAGAAGACUACUGCCAGUUCUUACAUUCGUUGACAUUGUCUGGUGAUGGGCUUGAAAUCGGCAGAUGCUAUACAGAGUGGAGAAAGAAACCAACAAGACAAGCUAAUCAUUCAGUUUGAUCUCACUCCGUCUUUCUUGUCACACCUUUCCUGUUUUCUGCCUUUUUCUUGUUGCUGUUGUGUUAUAUUUUCUGUUUUCUUUCUUUAUUUCUCCUUUCUUUUCUGUUCGUUAUAAUGCUGCAGUAUUUUCAUUGUUUUUGUAUCUUCCCCCCCUCCCAAGUGAUUUGCUCCAAAUAGGAGCCAGAUAAUUGACUUCAGUCUUUUCGUAUCUGCAUAUGUAUUGAAAUAAAAACCUUUAAAUUAGACUUCCAAA